CAAGUGGACCUUUCAAGAUGCAUACAGGGCUGCGAGAAAUGAAGGGAGACACUGGAGAGACCAACGAAGGGAGGAAGAAGCAUGUUUCCUGGGUUUAAUAGGAAAAAACUUGCUUUCUGCCAACAACUGAGAAAACUGCCCUUGGAAACUGUUUCUUUGGUCCACAUGGAGCAGCUGGAACUUACACUGUGAGGCCCUUGACGGGACAGGCGCUCACCCCCGGUCAGCCAGUGUGAUUGUCGCCAUGGCUAGCAAGAGGAAGUCCACCACCCCGUGCAUGAUCCCUGUGAAGACCGUGGUGCUACAGGACGCCAGCGCGGAGGCCCAGCCCGCCGAGGCUUUACCAGAAGGACCCCAGCAGGAGCUGCCCCCCGAAGCGCCUGCCAGCAGCAGCGAGGCUACCCCGACACCCAGCAGUACUGAUGGCCCCGCCCUGGCCAACGGGCACCGGGGCACGUUGGACGGCUAUUCAUAUUCCUGCAAAUACUGUGAUUUCAGAUCCCAGGACAUAACUCAGUUUGUGGGACAUAUGAACUCAGAGCACCCAGACUUUAAUAAGGAUCCAACUUUUGUAUGCACUGAAUGCAGUUUUCUGGCAAAAACUCCUGAGGGCCUUUCUCUGCACAAUGCCAAGUGUCACUUGGGAGAAGCCAGCUUUGUAUGGAAUGUGGCCAAGCCAGACAAUCAUGUGGUCGUGGAGCAGAGCGUCCCCGAGAGCACCUGUGCUCCCGACACACCGAGUGAGCCCAACGCUGAAGGGACUGACGGACAGGCCGAAAUCAUCAUUACCAAAACUCCAAUCAUGAAGAUAAUGAAAGGCAAAGCUGAAGCCAAAAAAAUUCAUACGCUCAAGGAGAACAUGCCCAGUCAGCCUGUGGGUGACACGGCCUUACCAAACCCACAAGCUGGGGAGACCGAGGCGAAGGAGGGGGACCACCCCUUUGUCAAUGGGGCGGUCCCGGUCAGUCAGCCGGCCGCCGGCUCGGCCAAAGGGCCACACGCAGCCAACGGGCCCCUGCUGGGAGCGGUGCCGGUCCUGCCGGCCGGCAUAGCGCAGUUCCUCCCCCUGCAGCAGCCACCCCCCGUGCACGCCCAGCACCAUGGGCACCAGCCGCUGCCCACGUCCAAGUCCCUCCCCAAGGUGAUGAUCCCCCUGAGCAGCAUCCCCACCUACAAUGCGGCCAUGGACUCCAACAGCUUUCUGAAGAACUCGUUCCAUAAGUUCCCCUACCCAACGAAAGCGGAGCUCUGCUAUCUGACCGUGGUCACCAAGUACCCAGAAGAGCAGCUCAAGAUCUGGUUCACAGCCCAGAGGCUGAAGCAGGGCAUCAGCUGGUCCCCCGAGGAGAUUGAGGAUGCCCGGAAGAAGAUGUUCAACACGGUCAUUCAGUCCGUUCCCCAGCCCACGAUCACCGUCCUCAACACGCCCCUGGUGGCCAAUGCCGGUGGCGUCCAGCACCUCAUCCAGGCCGCCCUCCCGGGUCAUGUGGUGGGGCAGCCAGAGGGCACGGCGGGCGGCUUGCUGGUCACGCAGCCACUGAUGGCCAACGGGCUGCAGGCGCCCGGCUCGUCCCUGCCGCCCGCCGUCACGUCGGUGCCCAAGCAGCCCCCCGCGGCGCCCAUUAACACGGUGUGCUCCAACACGGCGUCGGCGGUGAAGGUGGUCAACGCGGCCCAGUCGCUGCUCACGGCGUGCCCCAGCAUCACCUCGCAAGCCUUCCUGGACGCCAGCAUCUACAAGAACAAGAAGUCUCACGAGCAGCUGUCCGCCCUGAAGGGAAGUUUCUGUCGGAACCAGUUCCCAGGGCAGAGCGAGGUGGAGCACCUGACCAAGGUGACCGGCCUCAGCACCAGGGAGGUGCGCAAGUGGUUCAGCGACCGCAGGUACCACUGCCGGAACCUGAAGGGCUCCAGGGCCGUGCUGCCCGGCGACCCUGGUGCCGUCGUCAUCGACCCCGGGCCCGAGGCGCCCUGCUCUCCGGCGGUGGCCAAGGCCCCCGAGGUGCCCUGCGUCCCGCCAGCCGCCACCCUGGCAGCCCCCCCUUCCGCCAGACGCCAGGCCUGGCACCAGACCCCCGAUUUCACCCCAACCAAGUACAAGGAGCGAGCCCCAGAGCAGCUCAGAGCCCUGGAGAGCAGUUUUGCACAAAACCCCCUUCCUCCCGACGAGGAGCUGGACCGCCUGAGGACUGAAACCAAGAUGACCCGGAGAGAGAUCGACAGCUGGUUCUCGGAGAGGCGGAAGAGAGUGAGCGCCGAGGACCCCAGGAGGGCCGACGAGGGCCCCGGCCCGGAUGAGGAGGCCGUGGCGGCUGCCGAGGACGAGGCGGGAGAAGGGGAGCUGGUGGGGGACCUGAGGGUCCCCGGCGAAGACGGCUCCCUGGAAGGGCUCAGCAGCCACGCCCUGGCAGAGCGCAAGGUCAGCCCCAUCAAAAUCAACCUCAAGAACCUGCGGGUCACCGAGGCCAACAGCAGGAGCGAGCUCCCGGGGCCGGGCGCCUGCGAGCCCGAAGAGGAGGGGCCCGGCAAGCCUGCGGAGCAGCCCCCGGGCAAGGCGAGCUGCAAGAAGACGGCCCCACAGCGGCACCUGCUGCGCCGGCUCUUCGUGCAGACGCGGUGGCCCAGCACCCAGGACUAUGACGCCAUCACGGCCCAGACCGGCCUGCCGCGGCCCGAGGUGGUGCGCUGGUUCGGGGACAGCAGGUACGCCCUGAAGAACGGCCAGCUCAAGUGGUACGAAGACUAUAAGCGGGGCAACUUCCCUCCGGGGCUGCUGGUCAUCGCCCCUGGCAACCGGGAGCUGCUGCAGGACUACUACGGGACGCACAAGACGCUGCGGGAGGAGGACCUGCAGAGCCUCUGCGACCAGACCCAGAUGAGCUCCCAGCAGGUCAAGCAGUGGUUUGCGGAGAAGAUGGGCGAGGACACCCGGGCUGUGGCGGACACGGGCGGCGAGGACCAGGGCGCCCGUGAGCCUGCAGCCGUGCACAAAGGGACGGGGGACGCCUAUGCAGAGGUGUCGGAAAACAGUGAGUCGUGGGAGCCCGGCGCCCCUGAGGCCAGCUCGGAGCCCUUUGACACCCGGAGUCCCCAGGCUGGACUUCAGCUGGAAACAGACUGAAUGGGAACUGCUCACUUUGAAGGACUGGCCCGUCCGGGACGCCGCCUG